AUGCCUUGUGAUGCUGUGGGAGGGGUUUUACCUGUCUCGGUGGUGCAGAAGUCCAAAGGGAGUGAGUCAGUGCAGCUGCACAUGCCCCAACCUGUGGAUCCGCGGCUCAGUUCAUGGCCCAUCACGGGGCUGAUAGAGAGACUCAACCAUUUUCUUGUGCCCAUUUUUUUUGAAAAUGAAACAACGACCUGUCACAUGCCGCUGUUUGAAGAUCUGAGACGUUGGCUCUUCAGUCGCGAUCAUCCUGACGUUGUCACUAAUGCAACAAGAUCAAAAUACUUUCUGGCAUGGGGAGCCCAGACAUUUACCUGUGGUCAGCAUUACUGGGAGGUGGAUGUGGGGAACUGUCGGAACUGGGCCCUUGGAUUUUGCGAUGAUUCUUGGACACUGAGGAAUGACAUGGCGCUUGACUCAGAGGGGAUUUUUCUACUCUUUUGUAUCAAAGAGGACAACCAGUGUCGUCUCUUUAGCUCCUCCCCACUGUCGCCUCAAUAUGUAGAAAGGCCUCUGGGCCACGUGGGGGUGUUCCUGGAUUAUGAGUGUGGUGUGGUGAGCUUUGUGAACGUGGCCAAUUGCUCCCUCAUUUGCAGUUUCCUCUCACGUUCCUUCUGUCUUCCUCUCCGACCCUUUCUAUGCUCUGCACCCUCGUGA